AGAGAGAGAGAGAGGAGUGUAGUGUGGUGCAGUCGGGAUCAGGAGAAAAGCCCAAACGCACAGAGAGGACAUGAAGGCGUCGCUGAGUUCACGCGUCCUCGUGUGACGGGACGGGACGGGACGGGACGACGGGAAGGGACGGGACGACGGGACGACGGGACGGGACUGACGGGACGGGCCUGACGGGACGGGACGGGACGGGCCUGCGCUUCGUCCGUUCCCGGGCAGCGGGCUCUCUCCCCCUCUCCCCCCCCCGGCGGGGGGAGGCGCAGUGGUAGUCGAUGGCCGCGGUGUGUUCGGGGCCGUCGAACAAAGAGCCUUCCUCGCCUCCGCCCCAUCGUUGCCGUGCGCAGCGACGCAGCGACGCAGCGGCCCCCGGUCGACCGGACUCUGCCUCCACCCUCGCUGUGAGAAGCGGCCUGCGCUCCAGUCAUGACCUCUGGCAACGGGAACACUGACAGCAGCCAACACAAUGGAGAGAGCAAACCAGCCCAGGCCUUAGUCACGUCCCACGUCCUCACCCAUCUCAUCGAAGGCUUCGUCAUCCAGGAGGGGGCUCGGCCUUUUCCUGUAGAACGUCCAUCUUUCUCAAUCGAGAGCCUACGGAGACACACAGCAGAUUUAAAGAUGGAUGUCCUUUCGCCAAAAGAGUUAAAGGCCCAGCAGGAGCCCACUCUGACCUGUGAGCUGUGCGGCAGGGUGGAUUUUGCCUACAUCUUCAAAAGGUCGAAGAGGUUCUGUUCUACGGUGUGUGCCAAACGCUACAACGUGGGAUGCACCAGGAGAAUGGGUCUCUUCCCGAACCGCAAAACCACCCUGGAAAACAUGAGGAAGCAACGAGCGCUGAACGCAGACCACACCGACUCCAGUUCAGAAUCUAAAAGGAAGAAACCUGCAGCUGCUCUGUCCACCGGGCGCUCUGUCCACCCUGCACGGGGAGAGUCCAGCCAAUGUUCAGACGCGUCCGGCUACCAAAAAAGCCCACCGCCCCGGUCCGCGCCCCAGCGGGGGCCCGCGGUGCGCGACUCCGAGCUGCCCCUGCUGCCUCACAGCUUCCUGCCCAGUGACCCUGGCCUGUGGAACAUCCAGGACGUCUACGAGUUCAUCUCCUCCCUGCCAGGUUGUCUGGAGAUUGCCGAGGAGUUCCGUUCUCAGGAGAUCGACGGACAGGCCCUGCUGCUGCUGAACGAGGACCACCUCAUGGGAGCCAUGAACAUCAAACUGGGCCCCGCACUCAAGAUCUUUGCCCAGAUCAGUACGCUGAGAGACUCGUAGCCCGUCUCACAAGCACAACGUGCGCAGGAGGACGCCACGUGUCGGCCGACUCGGUUGAGAGUCCGGGUUCUGGGCCAGAGUUGCGCCAAGUUUUUAAUUUUAUUUUUUGUCAUGGCCUGCUGAAGGACGUCAGCUAGGACUGUUCGCCUCGUGUUGUACACUGAUCCCUUCUCUCUCCGAGCAGACCUCACCCCACAUUGACGUCAGCUGGGUUUCAUUUUUUUACGUGUUACGUGUUACUGUACCUUGGGCUCCCGCAGCACACGUGUAAGGUUAGCAGUCGAUGUGUUCUGGUAUUUUCCACAGGAUCGCAUCUGAUGUGUCCUUCCACCUCUGGACAGUUAGUUGCAGGCCUAUUACUGAUGAGACAGAAUCACUGUUUAGAUCUCUUCAGCUGCCUCAAAGGAGAGAAAGAUGACGUCAGGCAGGCGCAAAUGUUGACCAAAAGCAUUUCAUUUUAUUUUUUUUUACUCUGAACAAAGGUCUUUUCCAUUAAAGGUGCAAAACAAAGGAGAAAGAAGAAGGCUGAGCUCUUUGCUCUUUUCUCUUUGUUGCACAUACAUUGAUUUAUUUGUGGCCACCACCAUAAUAUACCAGCACUGACUGCCAAAGAUAGAUUUUUCUAUUUUUUUUAAACACUUGAGAAAAUGAGUUUCCCUUUUUCAUUGUGGCGACCUUUCCUGGAUGAACCCAGUGUCAGCUGGGAUUGACUUCCCCCCGACCAUUCAAGGAUAUUUAGAUGUAGAUGUAGAUGUAGAUAGAUAAAGAUGGAUGGAUGUCAUUGUAGAGCUGAGCUCUCUCCCCCUCCCCCACACUGACACAGAUGUAUUGACCCAUCUGUUAAGCCACGCUGCAGAAGUUCGUGUUUAUGUGCAUAUGGAGUGAGCGAGGGAGUGAGGUCUGAUCACAGGAGAGACACGUUCCAAUGCCAGGCGUGAACCGACGAACUCAGCGGUUCGGCUUGUGAUCGGAUCCCAGGAGACGGAUGUUAAGGCACCUUCCAGCCACACUGAGUUCCCUGGUGCUGAGCAGCCCCCCAGUUUGACGGGAGGCGCGUGAAUCCCGCGGUCUCGGUCGGCGGAUCAGUGUCAUGGUGCUUCUGAACAACACGGAAACUGUUUGAAUAACAUUCUAUAUUUUAUUAGGAGGUUCAGUUCAGUUUAUUUUGUAUCUUCUACAUGUUGCUGGUGUAAAUUGACAAUUGGAUUUUUUUUCUCAUGUGACUACGCCACUUGACUAGCUCUGUAUCAGAAAAAAGUGAAUGUGACAUUAAUGAAGACAGGAAUAUAUGUUAUUUUCUGUUCCGCGGUGAUCAGGUAGUCUAUGCACACAGGAAGUGCCUAUGGUGUCACGUUGACGCAGAGGUAUGAUUUCAGUUUUUUUUAAUCUUCAUAACACUUUUACCAAAGUCAAGUGAAUGUCCCCGUGUCACUAGAAAGGGGAGGCACCCGUUUGUGAUCCACAAAGUGUAUUCUUCUACUUCUUGUUCAUCAAGACCAUGAAACUGACACUCAUUUCACUAAAGAUGCCAUCACAACUGGUUUAUUCCCCCAAAAAAUCAGUCGGAGGAGCACUGCGAUCCCUGUGUGAGCAUCGGUGUUGUUUCCUAUAGUGCGAGCUGACAUGACAUCACAAAUCUUUACAAGACCGAAGGCAUCGUUGUCGUGGUAAUAGCAGAUGUAUAGUCUGGUAAGUGGUAGACACGGUUUCUGUCUUUCAGAAUGAUACAUUUUUUUCCUCUUUUUUACAGAAUUCCAGAUUUUUCACUGAAAAAUAAAACCGUUUGAUGAAAGAAA